AUGCAGAAUAUUAGCUCAAAUAUUAGUUUCAAGAACAGCUUGAACAAAGUCACGGACGCAAAAGUUUCUGAUACGAGUGCACAAUGUCAAAUUAUCAGCGAGGAAUUAACAAAUUUACGUCAACAAGUGAUAGAUCUAAAGGAAACAGUUACGUCCUUAGAAAACAUUAUACACAUAAAGGAUUUGCAACUGCAGGACAUGCAACGAGAUAACGAACGGUUGUCGGUCGAAUUGAAGAAGCAACAAAGAUGCGUUAGGAACGUCAAACGUAAGCUUACGGAAAUCUAGUAUAAGUUCAUCGCGAUCGUUAAAUGUAUGGAAUUAAUUCCAGAGCAGUUGGAUGACGAAAGGUUCUUCUAUCAGAGGGAAAAAGAUUACUUCAACACCGAGAUACAACGGCAUAAAACACGAUGCGCAAGUGGCUCGUCGAGAUUGCAUCAACAACAAAGAGAAUUGGAAGAGGCACGAGAAUGUUUGGAGGAGGAGAAUAAAUCACUUCGAGAAGAAUUGAACGACAAGGCAGAGACCACGUAUAACUUGUGCAUAAAGUUUCUGCGAAUGAAAUACGCGAAGGAUUCGUUGAGGCAAAAGUUUGAUCAGUUGCUGAAGGAGCAUUUGCAAGUAAUGGCGGAUACGAUGGAAAGAUUAGACGAAGCUAGGGAGGAACUUAACAUUAUCGUGUCAAACAAAUUCCAAGAACCUUUGCCGUUGAAUAAAGCGAAAUUUCUGCAGGUGAUACAAAGAAACGCUCGAUUAGUUCAUGAAAAUGCGACACUUAAGAUACAGAUACAACAUUUGACCUCGAAUAUUGAGAAAUUAAAAACUUACACCCAGAAACCCAAGUCGAUUAAUAUAGAUGCAAAAAUUAUUGCGAAAUUAGCUGCACAGAGUAAAAAAAGAUACAGCAAAGAGUCUGCAAAAUGUCUGCCGUUUCAAUUGCACGAAAACGAGACCACCUCAUUCACCAAACCGUUGAAUCCUCAAAGUCCUGUUGAUUAUACCGGUGAUGCGAAAUUAAUAGCAAAAAUUCGGUCAAAUUUAAGAAAGAACACAAACACCGAAGUACAAAAAAUUCAAACCGAAGAAACAUGGGAGCCGCGAACAGGACGUGCACGCAGCGCUCCGGAAAUUCGAUUGGCGGAAACACGACCCAGUUCAUCUACAACUGCUUGGAUAGAAUCGUCGAUUGAUCUGCGAGACGCAUCGACGAACACAUAG